AUGACCUCUGCUGGAACGCGUGGCACUGGUGGUGGACAGGCAGGUGGAGGCAACUCUAAUGCGACAGCAGCCGAUUCAGCCUACUCCUCCACCAAUUCACCAGGUCAAGGGAAUGCGUCGAGCGGAGAAAACGGUGCCGCCGGGGAAGACUCGAACGGCUCCAAUGGCUCCAAUGCCGGCGACGGGGGAGGAGGCAAUGCAGCUGGCGGUGGUGGCGGUGGAAACGGGGGAGGAGGAGGGGGAGGAGCCGGGGGCGGAAGCGGAGCUGGCAGCGGCGCGAAUGGCUCUGCGACGAGCGGCAGUCACGCGUCGAACCUGUACCACUACAACCCCUCUCACUCCUCCCACCGACAGUACCUGACCCUGCGUGACCACGUGAAGAAGCGGCGUCUGCUGAUGGAGCAAGUGCCCCCUGACAGGCAGAUUCAGCAGUUCGAUGACUACCUGAUGAACAAGGGCAACUACCUGCUGGCGUCGAACGCCGACCAGGUGGCCACCAGUCGCAUUGAACGGCCGCCGAGCGCACUUCCGCCCGGCAGUGCCCUCUACACCCUCUUCACCGAACAGGAGCGAGAGCGACAUCGAAUGCGUCUUCGCCAUCAGGUGGAGCAGGACAAGAUGCGCCUGACGAUGGAGCAGGAGUACCUCCGACUGUACUGUCGGGCGGCACACGCCAACAGCGGCAAGAUGCUGCCACUCUCAGUGUGCACCUUCCUCAAGGACGAAGAGCUUUACAAUCUGAUGGAACUGGAGAAGGACCCCACUGUCGACAGUGUCAUUAUCGGGCAGAUCAAGGCGGAGAACCCCAGCUUCCUCAACCACGGCCCCUCGGGAAUGACGGGCAUCGGGCGAAUUCGCUUCAACUCUCGCCUCUUCAUCAGCUGGCAACGUGAUGCCGCCGACAAGUGGGCCAAGCUGAAGUCACAGCUACUGGCCAGGCAGCGAGCCGAGGCGGAGGCGCUCUCGAUGGCUCAGCGAAUGAAGUGGCAGUGGAAGGUGAAUGAACUGGCGGAGAUGACCACCACGCCGGGCACCGCCUCAGCAGCUGCGGCCAGUGCACCACCCAAGUUUGCCAUCAACGGUUUCAUUGACCACGAAACCUUUGUGCCCAGCGUGAAGGUGCUCGAUGACUUUGACCUGCUUCCCACUCCAUGA